UAAUUUCCCUUUUAUAUAUAAAGAUACUUGUGGUGUUUAUACUCAGGAGACCAGAAACUAGGAAACAGUCUAUUACAUUUGUAUUGGGAAAUAAUCAAAUCUCAAAAUUUGAUUCAUUCAUAAACUUUAUACUAUAUACUUUUCGUUGAUAAAUUUUUUGCAUCUCUCUAAUAACGAAUGGAGUCUAGCACAUAUAUAUUCCUAAUGUGAUUUUCAUUCAUAUGGAUAUUUAUUUAUAUAUGACUAUUUAUUCCAUCCCAUCUUAUUGCUUUUGAUGGUUCUCUUGUCAUUAGAGUCUUCUCUCUUAUUGCUCUCAUAUUUCUUUGCUUUUGUUUCCUCUUUAUUACAAGAGAGAUAUGUGGAACCUUAACGACUCACCUGAUCACCACGAAGAAUCCGACGGUAGAUGGAAACGGGCUGGAGAUGUACCAAUCUCUAUGAGAUCAUCGACCACGUGUCUGUUGUCUGUUCCUCCGGUGACCCGGAAUUUUUUUCCGAAUCAAAUCAUGGAACAGGAAGUUCCAGGAAUAUCUGGGUCCGGUAUCACUAGAAACCAGUCUCUUGUUCGGUCGGAUCCUAGCGGGUCUGGUCGUCCGGAAAACCUAGAGCUGGAGAUAACACAGCCGGUAAAAAAGAGCCGACGUGGUCCUCGCUCACGGAGCUCUCAGUAUAGAGGAGUUACUUUUUAUCGACGAACCGGAAGAUGGGAGUCACAUAUUUGGGACUGCGGGAAGCAAGUGUACUUAGGUGGAUUUGACACAGCACAUGCCGCUGCUCGUGCCUAUGAUAGAGCCGCAGUUAAGUUUAGAGGUGUAGAUGCAGAUAUAAAUUUCAAUAUUGAAGAUUACGUGGAAGAUUUGAAACAGAUGAGCAGUCUGACAAAGGAAGAGUUCAUGCAUGUCAUUAGAAGGCAAAGCACUGGGUUUCCAAGAGGCAGCUCUAAAUAUAGAGGUGUCACUUUGCAUAAAUGUGGAAGAUGGGAAGCUCGAUUGGGUCAAUUUCUCAACAAAAAGUACGUUUAUUUGGGUCUCUUUGAUACCGAGAUGGAAGCUGCAAGAGCAUACGAUAAAGCAGCAAUAAAGUCUAAUGGAAAAGAUGCAGUUACCAAUUUUGACCCUAAAGUAUAUGAGGAACAGCAUAAUAGCCCAGAGAAGCAGUGGAAUGAUCAUAACCUUGAUCUAAGUCUAGGUGAAUCAAACUCGGAAGAGUUUGGAACCAAAUCCGAGACUGCGAGCAUGAGAAAUGGAUUUAGAGACGAGGAGAGACUAUUAGGGAGCCAUCUCUCCCUAGCGAUGACGACAACCGCGACUGUCGGAUCAGAAAAGCAAUUGGACGGUGGAGGAAAGCGAGUGGGAAUGGCUGCUGCAUCAUCAGGAUUCUCUCCUCGCUUUCCUCCUUGGAAUCACCACACUCCUCGCACCUUCCAUUUCUUUCGUCCCUGAUUCAUCAUCAUCAUCAUCAUCACGGUCAUACAACAAAUGUUUUGGAGAAACUUGGUUAUUCCAGGAGCUAUUUUUUGGAUGUGUGGUGUGUGUAUGUAUUACAUAUAUGUUCUUGUGUCCAUGUAAGACUUUUCUUUCUGUAAUUUAAUCAUACAACAAAAGUUCGUGGCCCA